CCCGUGUUUCCCCGGCCCCCCGCACCCAUGGGUCUCAGUUUCCCCACUGGCCCCAACUCCUCUAAUUUGAGGCUCCCCACACUGACCCACCCCGGCUCCUUGGGCCCUGCAGAGUCCUGCCUUGGGCCGAUAGGAAAAGACUGACAAUAUGGCAACUGCCCAGAUGCAGAGAAAUUCUAUGAGUGCAGUAACAUUUCCUAAUAAAAUAUGUACUGAACAGCAGUCUUUGAUAUUGGUGAAGAGACUCCUAGCAGUAUCAGUAUCCUGCAUUACUUACCUAAGAGGAAUUUUUCCAGAAUGUGCCUAUGGAACAAGAUAUCUAGAUGACCUCUGUGUCAAAAUUUUGAGGGAAGACAAGAACUGUCCUGGGUCCACUCAGUUGGUGAAAUGGAUGUUAGGAUGCUAUGAUGCUUUGCAGAAAAAAUAUCUAAGAAUGGUUGUCCUAGCAGUCUACACCCAUGCAGAAGACCCUCAGACAGUUACAGAAUGUUAUCAGUUCAAAUUCAAAUACACCAACAAUGGGCCGGUAAUGGAUUUCUCCAGUAAGAAUAAAGGAAAUGAUUCCAACAUCACAUGUACAGACACCAAGAAAGCAAGUAUCCUCCUCAUUCGUAAGAUUUAUGUUCUGAUGCAGAAUCUGGGCCCUUUACCUAAUGAUAUCUGCUUGACUAUGAAGCUUUUUUAUUAUGAUGAAGUUACACCACCUGAUUACCAGCCUCCUGGUUUUAAAGAGGGUGAUUGUGACACAAUGAUAUUUGAGGGAGAGCCUAUUUACCUAAAUGUGGGUGAGGUGCCAACCCCUUUUCAUAUGCUGAAAGUUAAAGUGACAACCGAGAAAGAACGAAUGGAAAAUAUUGAUAAAAACAUGCUAAAGCAAGGAGACUCUAAGGUGCCUACGCAAUUAAUCAGACUAGACAAAGAUGAUCCAGAAGAACAGGACCAGCAAAUAAAUGAAGAUUUUGUCGCAGAUAAUAAAAUGGAAGUUAAGAAAAAUGCAAAUGCAUCUGUAAAAGCUGGAGAAUUAAGUUUAACUUGUGAAGAAAAUGAACUUACGAGGUCUGAAGAAAGCCAGAAUAAACCUGUUUCUAAUUCUCAGGUUGAUCAGUUAGCAGUUAAGACAUCUGAACUUGAUGUGUCAGAGGGCAGGACAAGAAGUGGAAAAAUAUUUCAUAGCAACACAGUUGGUGAAAAUCAGGCUCAGGAACAUUGCAAAAAUCGUUUAGUAGCUAACUGUUCUAAAGAAACCCAGAAGAGAACUUGGUCUGAGUCUGAAAAGCUUGUUCAUCAGUAUGAACUCUCCUCUAGUCAAGAUGCAGUGCCAAAAAGGAGAAAAAUUAGUGAACCAAAGGAGAGGUUUUAGAUAUCACUUCCCUGCUGUUUACGUGUAGAAUUCUGCUCAAUAUAGCUUUCAUUUGGUGUUUAAUAUGAGUAUUGCUAAUAUUAGAGAUAAUUUAAGGUUCUUUUUUUGUUUUUAUAUGCAGUCAAACACAGAAUUUAUAUACAGGAAAAAUUCUGUCAAGAGAGGCCCCAAUUUUUGCAAAUUGAAAGUUAUUUUUUAAAGGGGGUUGUAUUCCAGUCUAGAAGGAUAGACAGGGCAUAACCAUUCAUCUGGUCUGAGAAAAACUUUUUAAGCAAGAAGAUUUUUAGCGCAGGCCUUCAAUAAUACCUUUUCUUUAGAGAUUUUGCUGAAAUCCUAUUGGUGGUAUAAUGUAUACUCUUAAAAGUGAAACUAUGCAAAGUUUCCACUGGUGUCUUUUCCUGGACCAUACUCAGAGGCUUAAGAAUUUUUUGUUCAGAACAUGCCUUAUGGACUGAACAUGAAAACUAAAAUCUCAACCGGAAUUUUGAGUUUUGGUAGAAUACGUCAGGAAACUUGGUUAAGAAAAUUGUGUAGUCAUUUUAUAAUAAUACUAUAGCUUCUCUUUAUUAUCUCUAAGAAGCAAACUUCAGGUGGCCUGAUUGUGUUCAUUUCUCCCAUUGGUAUCUUAUCCAAGCUUGAAAAAGAACACCAUUCACCUCUUUAGUUCCUAAUUUUGAACUGAAAUGUAGGAAUCUAUAUGCAGCUCUGAUGCCAGAUAUAUAUAACAGCUAAGUGUUAUCAUAUUGUGUGUGCUAAGCAGCUGUGCCAAGUACAGUAUUACUAAUUAUAACAGGCUAUAACUAAAUAUCUGAAAUAUAGACAGCUCAGCUUUUAUGUAUGUGAAAUGAUUAAUUGCAGCUGUCAGAAACAGUGCCAUUGUAUGUUUUUUUCAAAAAAUAAUUUUGGUUUGCUCUUUAUAACUUUAAAUUCACUGGAGUAAUGCUCUUUAUAAAUACAGGUAACAACUACUGCUGUAUUUAGAUUAGAUGUGAAUAGCUAAACAUUCCUGUCCUUGAAUUUUAACUUUUAAACUAAGAAUAUCUUAGUAUCCUACUUCCUAAUUAAAACAAUGUUACUUAAUAAUUUGUGACUGUAUAUUUUUAAAAUAUAAUGAUCCAUACAUUUGAUUUGAGUAGAUGAUUGACUUUUUAAUGAAAAGUUCAUAAAGGCUGAGGACUUUCACUUGGUGUGUCUUGCUUGUUUUAGAGUCUGCCGGUUUUAGAGCCCAAAUAAAAUAUUUACUGUUGAAGAAAAAUUG